GCUCCUGUCCUUCAUUGCCCCCCAUCCAGCUGUGGAAGGAGCAGAGCACAGCUGGGCGGGAGGAGGGCUGCCAGCCUCUGCCGCAGAGGAGCCCUCGGGAAGGAAAGGGAAGGAAGGAAGGCAGGAAGGACCGCUCGCUCCAUGGCUGCCCAGGAGCCUGCCUCGCCUUCCCUGUGAGCCUCUCUUGGCCUCCUUGCCAGGGGCAGCCAUGUGGAGGAGCCAGGCCCAGUUUGAGGAGACCAGGCAGCAGCUCCAGAAGCAGCCAGUGGUGGGGCAAUGGAAGCCCCUUUCACCAGCAAACAGAGGGCAGGAGCGACAGCAGCCAAUGGAGCCAUCCAUCAAAGAUUUGGGCAAUGGAGAUGAGAACCAAACUGUGGCUCAGCUGAAUGUGUCACGCUUGCGCAGCUCUUCGGUGGAGAUCCGUGAAAAGGGGUCUGAAUUCUUGAAAGAGGAGCUCCAUAGAGCUCAGAAGGAGCUGAAGUUGAAAGAUGAAGAGUGUGAGAGACUUUCAAAAGUCAGAGAGCAAUUGGAGCAGGAGCUGGAAGAAUUAACAGCUAGCUUGUUUGAGGAAGCUCAUAAGAUGGUGCGGGAGGCAAACACCAACCAAGCGGCAUCAGAGAAGCAGCUGAGGGAGGCCCAGGGAAAAAUUGACAUGCUGCAGGCAGAGGUGGACUGCUUUAAAGACCUGGUAAUAACAUCCACUCCUCUUCUCCAACCGGGAGUUGCACCCACAGUCCAAAGCCCCUCUAAAGCAGUCUUUAGAAAAGGUCACGGGCGGAACAGCACCAGCACACCGGCAUCAUCAGCUGCCCCCCAGACCAUGCCUAUGGAACCAGUCAACAGUGAGUUCAAAGAGGUGGUAAGUUUUUUGGCUAAAUUCCAGGCUUGGAAGGAGUCUCCCACUUUGGAUAAAUCGUUCUUCCUGGAGAGAAUUUACCAGGAAGACGUGGGGCCAUGUCUGGACUUCACCAAGCGUGAGCUCUCGGAACUAGUUCAAGCAGCCGUGGAGCAGAACACACUUACCAUUGACCUGUAGCUACCCAGCACUUCCUGUAUUGAAAGUGUCAGCCAUGAAUGCGGUGGACCAAAUGGGUUCCGGUCCCCAGUUGUAACGAAGUGUGCUCUGAGCGGCCUGUCUAGAGCUUGCAGGCAUCGCAUCAAACUGGGGAUCUGGGAAAUAUACUACAUUUCACCUUCCUGCAGGGCCAGGAUUACAGCAGUAUGCAACUUCUUCACCUAUAUUCGCUACAUCCAGCAGGGACUGGUGAGACAGGAUGUGGAACUGAUGUACUGGGAAAUCAUGCGGCUCAGGAAGGAAAUGUCUAUGGCUAAGCUGGGUUUCUAUCCCAGUGAGAUGUAGCUGGGAACAUGAAUUCCUGGAAGGAUUGUUUGUCCUGCAACUCCCCUGCAAGGCAGGCAGAGGACUUGGCACAGUGGGUCUGCUACUAUUGAAAGCUGCCUGGUAUAAACUGAAUAGAUGAGAAGCACAGGUUUUCCUAUUAAGUGAUUCACUGCGCUUCCUGACAGUGCCUAUCACAGUACAGAUUUGCCAGGGGGCCACCAGUUCGCUGGUACAACUGAGUGAGGCCACCUCUGGACUCUUCUUCCUUUUACUCUAUGCAUUCCACAGCCAGUAUAUAGGUAUAAUGUGUGUGUGUGUGUUUGUGUGUGUAGUCUUAAAUGAUCUGCUUCUGCAGGUCCUAAGACCUCGGCUGGGCCUUGGUCUCCCUAUCUGCUUGCAAAUAUAAUCUGAGAACACAAAUAUACUUGGGCGUUCCUGCACAACAGCGAGAGAAAGCGAGAGUCGAACUCAGAAUUCCAGCUGUGCCAGUGGGAGGGGAGAGAGAAGGACUGCUCUCCAAAGGCCAGCACUGCACAAUCAUUUUCCUUGAUAGCUGAAAAACAUGUUUGUGAGCAGUUCCAUGCUUUCCCAGGCAGCUCUCCUCCUUCAGCGAGCUGAGUGAUAAAGAAUGCUUUUGAUUCUGUUUAUAGCGCAGGGUUUGCCUUUUGGAUUUUGGAACAGAUGCUGAACCUCAGUGGACAAAGACAGGCCACUCUCGGCCAAACUCUCUGACUGGAGCCUCCUCAGUUGUGGUGAAAGGAUGGGGAAGUUAUAUAAGACAGUGGCCCACAAACUGUGCCAAGGUCAGCUGCCUGGGGCUGCGGAUGUUGGAUGGUUUUUCCACUUUAAGUUGGCUGCCCUCUUAGAUCUCUUGGGAGAAGCUCUCCUCAGCUGACAUUUUAUUCUAUGCAGAUUCCUUAACUGUGUUCUGUUGCUCUGAAAGGACCAGCAGGAAUUGUGUUUCCAUGAUGAUCUUGCAUUAUCCCGUCCGCCACAUUUGAGCCACGCUGUAGCUAAUGAUGCUACAGACUGUAGUCCCAAGUAUUCCUCCAUUCACAUUAGAGGAGGGAUGGGGGAACAUGCAACACUCCAGAUGUUACUUGACCACACACUUGGUUCUAAAUUUGUAGAUCACAGAACUGGAGGACCAAUUGAAUGCUGAUGCAGAGGGAAAGUCUUAGAAUUUCAUUUUAGAAGUUUGAAAAAAGGAGGGAAGAAUGAGGUUUCUUUUCUGGAAACUCUGCUUGGCUUCUCAGACGAAGAGUUGCCAGAACUGGCUUUUAUCAGGUAGUAACACCCUUUGCCCCUUUUCCCCAUUCUAAUAUUUAUUCCAGGCCAGUUGGCAGCUACUCAGUCAGUAAAGGGAAGGCACUGUGCACUCAUCUCAGCUGCCCUUAUGACUGAGGGGGUUGCAUCAUCUCUCCUUCCAUCAGGCCAAAAACAAACCAAAAAACAAAACUACCUGGCUUGCGGCAAAGUGUUUUGAGCACCUUGUGGCUGCUGCAUCUUUGGCUGCUCAUGCUGUAUGGUACACCUGGUUUUGUGUGUAACCACUUGACUGCAGCUUUCCCAGUUCAUCUCUCUGUCAAUUUAUGUAGGAAAUAUUCUCCUGAUCUUGGGGUACAAUGGGGUUCUGUGCAAUGACUCUUAGGGCUUUAUUGAAAUCAAUUACUCUUUUUGGUAAUCUCUCCUUUAGUAUUACAGGUAAGUGGCUGUCCAGUUGGACCUUGGUUAGUAGAGUAGAAUUUGUAGGUUCCCUCCUGCUUUGCUGCUACUCAGUGCUCCGCCUCCUGUCCCAGGGCUUACUAUCCUCCUGAUCACUUGUAGUGGUACUUGCAUGCAAAGGAUUAUAGUCAAUAUAAAUAUAUUCACAAAAAUAGAAGCACUUCUCCCCACAGUUAUACCUGGGAGAAGAUAUUAUAGGAAUAAUGCUUACAAGAGAACAUUCUGCAAACAACACUUGACUCUUCUUAUUUUGAUGAAGCUUCCAGUUUAUAAAAGGACGACCAGUAUCCCAGUGGAUCCUGACAUGCCCCAAUCUGCUCAAAACACACAGUGUACUCUUGAUAUCCACUGGGGUUUAGUUCUACCCUGACCCCCCAUGGAUAUCAAAACCCACGGACACUGAAGUUCCAUAAAUACAAUGGCAUAGUAAAAUGAUGUCCUUUAUAUGAAAUGGCAAAAUCAAAGUUUGCUUUUUGGAAUUCAUAUAUGUUUUUAAGUAUUUUCAAGCCAUGGAUAGUUGAAUCUGUGGAUAUGGAGGGCCACCUGUAUCUUUUGACAGACAAACAUGUUAAUGUCCAGUAUGCAUGCACCUUUGAGACUAAGGGAUGGCUCUGUGCUGC